ACGGGCGCUGGGGCCAAUCGGGCUGCGUGGCGGCGGCGCGGUGGUCGCGAUGGCGGCGGGGGGAGAGGGCUCGAGGAGCGGGCGCGGCGCCGUUUCGGGGCUGCUGAGCACCACGCUGAGCGGGCUCAACAGCGACUCCUACUGCGAGAUCAGCCAGUACCGCGACCAGCACUUCCGGGGCAGCCGGCAGCUGCAGGAGAAGUCCCUGAAGGUCUCCUCUACGCUGUAUGUGGGUAACCUGUCCUUCUACACCACCGAGGAGCAGAUCCACGAGCUCUUCGCCAAGUGCGGAGACGUCAAGAGGAUUGUGAUGGGGCUGGACAAGAUCAAGAAAACCCCCUGUGGCUUCUGCUUUGUGGAGUACUACACAAGAGCAGAUGCUGAGAAUGCCAUGCGCUUUGUCAACGGCACACGACUGGACGACCGCAUCAUUCGAACUGACUGGGAUGCAGGGUUUAAGGAAGGGCGACAGUAUGGAAGAGGAAAGACUGGAGGACAGGUGCGAGAUGAGUACCGGACAGACUACGAUGUUGGAAGAGGUGGCUUUGGCAAGAUCGUUCAGAUGCAGAAGGCGAGUCAUCAGCCUGCAGUCUAUUAGUUGCCUCAUGGAUCCUAGCUCAUAGAGGGCUUUGUCCUUCCAGAGCUAGCCCUGUUCUCAGAUUUUGGAUUGGGCUAGGGAGCGAGAUCCAAGUUCCAGCAAAAGGUGACCCUCCUUAGUCUGUGGAUGUACGUGUAUUCGUUCCCCCUUCCUUCUGGGCUAGAGAGGAUGUUCUGUGCUGGUACAGGACAACAAGGGGAAAAAAUGGAGGAUUCUGGGUGAGAAGAAAUGCAGCAUGUCCCACACACCUUGUGCUAGGGUAGUCUUCACAUUGCAGCUCAGCAUGUGGCUUCCUUCCAGCUGUGACUGCAGCCAUGCUUUCUCUCAUGUGAAACUUAAAAGCUUAACACCAUAAGAGCUCUCCAGGUGCCUGGACACCUACAGGUAGAUAAGAGAUUGGGGUUUCUAAUUUACAACCUCACCUGCUUACAAAGCAGUAUUGCUCUUUGGCUGAGAGAAGUGGAACAAGGUAUUAUCAUCCUCUUGGAGGUGCUUGUCUGCACAUUUAGCCCCUGGGUUGGUCAGGGCCUGCAGAGCAUUUAUCUUUGUGAUGCCCAAAGUGCUGUGUGGCUUUUCAGAUCCUCAGUGUUCGUUGUGAUUUUGUUAAAAGUGGCUUGUAAUGUUUUAAAUAAACAGUUGGAAUGUA